AUGCUACUCAUCGACUUUAUAGGUCAGAUGUCGGAAACCAGUCCUCAUCUAAUCGCCACCCUCACAGUCACUGAUUUCGUACAGUUCUUCACCUUGGCGUCCGAGGUCAACCAUGUUGCUGGACAAGCCAUCAGUCUAACAGCCCACCGACCCACGGUGCUACCCUUCCUCACAACAGCCCUUUCCACCCAGGUUCCUGAGCACCUCAUGAAUGAUUUAUGGACUCUAGUCUUUCCGUUGUUACCUUUGGCACCGUUCGAUCCAAAAAGCGCCAUACGCACGUUUGGCCUCCAGUUCAAGCUCCCUGAAAAAUUUAUACGACCACCGGUAUCCCAAUGUCUUGUUUGCCCAGCUUCACGCAACCUACACGUUCAUACCCGCCUGAACGGGUACCUUUUCGACACCGAUGGUGUGCACCCAGUUCAGACAGUCAUACUCGAUUGCCCAGGAUGUGGAGCAACGUAUCGGCCUAGUUACUACACAACCGCUAAAACUCGACACUAUUAUACUUUGAACCAGGGACGUGACGUCAACAUACUCCAUGUCCAUUGUCACUAUUACCUCACAAAUCGUUUGGGCCACCUUUUCCGCGUUAUACAAAUGCUAGCUCACAUCUCGCACUUCAACCUUACGAACUGGUACAACGAAAUAUACGUUGAAGAUUCUCGUGUACCUCAGUUCGACUCAGCACAGACGUGUACGCCGACUAUGUCAGAACGUGUGUGUCUAGACGGUCUUGAACUCUGUGACCUGCUGGCCCACGAAGAUUGCAGGGGAAACCAAGUGCUACUUCCUGCGACAGGAACGGACGACCUUCGUUUCGACGACGCUAUCCGCUCCCAUCUGGAGCGGCUGGACGUUGAAGGCACCAGCUUCCGCGAUCACUAUUGCAGCAGCUGUGUGCGCGUAAAAUCGGGUGGGGUGGAUCCCGAGACGGGCAAAGAAGUGUUUUACGGUACAUAA